AUGUGGGGCCCUUGCUCUCGAGCUGCGGCGGCUGCCGCCUCGCUGCUGCGGCGCCGCUGCUGGACGCAGAUAGUGCAGCGGCCUUUUAGCAGCAGCAGCAGCAACAACAGCAGCAGCAACAGCAGCAGCAGCAGCAGCAGCAGCAGCAGUCGGAGCAGCGGCGUAGGUAGAAGCCGGGGCAGUGCCGCUAAGCAACAGCAGAGGGACAGCCUUGAGGAGCUGCUACAAGUGCGAGCGGCAGCAGCACCAGCAGCUGCAGCAGCACCGAAUGCUGCAGCAGCACUAACAGCUACAGCAGCACCAACAACUGCAGCAGCAGCAGAACCAGCAGCAGCAGCACCUCCAAGGCGCCGUGUUAUAUUUCCUCAUCCUUUUGAACGCUCUGAGCACUUAAGGGUUUUGUCUGCCCAGUGCAGCAGCAGCAGCAGCAGCGGCAGCAGCAGCAGCAAGAAGGCUGGUGGGGGCCGUCGCAGCAACAGCAGCAGCAACAAAAGUAGAAGGAAGCAACUUAGAUGGAAGGGAAGGGUGGCGGCGGCCUCGCGAGAGGCUCUGCAGCAGCAGUGGCUGCAGCAGCAGCAGCCGCUGACGGCGGCGCAGCAGCAGCUUCUGGCGCUGCUGCAGCAGCCAAAGAAGCAGCACAGCAAGCUGCAGCAGCAGCUCUCAAUGCCCCGCAUGCAGCUGGGAACGAAGUUGCUGCGAGAGUUCCGUGCUGCAGUGCAGCAAGUGCAGCAGCCCAGCAGCAGCAGCAGCAACAGCAGCAGCAGCAGCGACGGAAGCAGCAGCAGGUCUGCUGCGGCGAAGCAGCUGCGCGUCUGUCUCAUAGAUUUGAUUUACUUUCUGCCCACCCUUAAUGCAGCAACAGCAACGCACUGUUUGCUGCUUGCUGCUCGCGCCUACCCAACACAGCAGCAGCAGCAGCAGCAGCAGGAGUGUGGGGAGUGGGACCUGCUGCAGCUGCAGGCCAGGCCGACGCAGCAGCUAGUUGAGCUGGCGUUUGCUGCUGCUGCUGCCCGCUGCAGCGCGCGGUGUCUCGUGCUGCUGCAGGCGCUGCUGCUGGCCCGCCGCAAUGGGGUAGCAGCAGCAGCAGCAGGCGAGCUGGUGACGCGAGCAGCAGCAGAAGUGCAGUGGAAAGCAGCAGCAGCAACAAUCCGAGAAGUUGCUGCUACUCUUGUGCCUCUUGCUGCUCUGGGCCACCGGGACCCUGGGGUGUACGUACACCUCAGCCACCGCCUCACAGAACUCAUACUGGACCCCGCCCUGCAGCAGCAGCAGCAGCAGCAGCAGCAGCAAGACCUGCUGCUGCAGGUUGAGUGGCUAGCUGCAGCGGGAAAAGCUCUGGCGGCGGCACAGCAGCAGGACCCCUCGACGGCACGGCAAUUCGAAGCAGCAGCAGCAGCACCAGCAAACCACGCUGAGCCCGCAGACUGUUUCAGAUAUUGCCUUCUUCGUGUCUGCCUACCUCCGCAUGCAGCAGCAGCAGCAGCAGCAGGCACAGCAGCAGCAGCAAGCACAGCAGCAGCAGCAGGCACAGCAGCAGCAACAGCAAGGGCUAGUGCCCCCAGGCCGUGA